GCCUCCUCCGCGGCGGGCCUCCCUCGCAGCUGCGCGGCCGCCGACACCGAGGAGGCGCGAGCCAUGGAGGGCAACCGCGACGAGGCGGAGAAAUGCGUGCAGAUCGCUCGCGAGGCCCUGAGCGCCGGCAACCGCGACAAGGCCCAGCGCUUCCUGCAGAAGGCCGAGAAGCUGUACCCGCUGCCGGCCGCGCGCGCAUUAUUGGAAAUAAUUAUGAAAAAUGGAAGCACCGCUGGAAACAGCACACAUUGCCGAAAACCUCCAGGGAGUGGGGACCAGAGCAAGCCUACCUGCACAAAGGACGGCACCCCCAGUAGUGGCGAAGGAGGAAAAGUCUACACCAAAGACCAAGUAGACGGAGUUCUCAGCAUAAACAAAUGUAAAAAUUAUUAUGAAGUUCUGGGAGUUACAAAAGAUGCUGGUGAUGAAGAUUUGAAAAAAGCUUAUAGGAAGCUUGCUUUGAAGUUUCAUCCUGACAAAAACCACGCUCCUGGAGCCACGGAUGCUUUUAAAAAGAUUGGAAAUGCUUAUGCAGUUUUAAGCAAUCCAGAGAAACGAAAACAGUAUGACCUCACGGGCAGCGAAGACCAAGCUUGUAAUCACCAAAACAACGGCAGGUUCAAUUUCCACCGAGGCUGUGAAGCCGACAUAACUCCGGAGGACCUGUUCAAUAUCUUUUUUGGAGGUGGAUUUCCUUCAGGUAGUGUACACUCAUUUUCAAAUGGCCGGGCUGCUUACAGCCACCAACAUCAACACCGACACAGUGGCCACGAAAGAGAAGAAGAAAGAGCAGAUGGAGGGUUCUCUGUGUUCAUCCAGCUGAUGCCCAUUAUUGUGCUGAUCCUAGUGUCGUUGUUAAGCCAGUUGAUGGUCUCCAAUCCUCCUUAUUCCUUAUAUCCGAGAUCUGGAUCAGGACAAACUAUUAAAAUGCAGACAGAAAACUUGGGUGUUGUUUAUUACGUCAAUAAGGACUUUAAAAGUGAAUACAAAGGAGCACUAUUACAAAAGGUAGAAAAGAGCGUGGAGGAAGAUUAUGUGACGAAUAUUCGAAAUAACUGUUGGAAAGAAAGACAGCAGAAAACAGAUAUGCAGUAUGCUGCUAAAGUGUACCGUGAUGAGCGGCUGCGGAGGAAGGCGGAUGCUCUAAGCAUGGACAACUGCAAAGAGUUGGAGCGGCUGACCAGUCUCUACAAGGGGGGAUAAGCCGGAAGUCCCGCCUGCUCCUUCCCAUGUACUCUGUCUUUUCUGUACAUUUCAUUUUGCCAUGAAGCCGAAGAAGACUUGAUUACAGACUAAGCUGAGGAGUUGAUGGCCUACUGGCACAUUCAGUAGUAAGAGCGGAUAACUGAAUACUUUAGUAUGCUUCUGCACUUACUUUCCCUCUGAAAUCUCACAUGAUUCCUUACGAUGUCUGGAGAGGAUUAUCAUACCUGUAGCAAUUGCCAGUUUUAGUGAUUCUCCAUUAUUCCUUUGCCAUGUAAAUAAUUUUAGAAUCAUUUUGUGUAUAUAUGAAUGCUUGCCUUUUAUUUAAAUUAUUUUAGCGUUUAGCUCCAUGAGGCGCUCCGUUUAGGCUGAUGGAAUGAAUGUUUAUGACACAGUACCAUUUUCCAUUAGGUAUUUGGGUGUGUGGAGUUUAAACAAUGAAAUUUUUUCAAAAAGAAAAGACAAAACUUUAUGUAAAAGCUUAUAACAGUGUAGAAGGAAUUGACAUUUUUAAUAUUGUUCUUAUAUUCCAGAAUAUGUAAUGAGAUAAAUGAACUGGUAUAUACUAUCAGUAUGCUCUUUAGUUUUAUGAAUUGCUAAGCCAUACAUAGGAACAAAAUGCUAUAAGAUAGAUUUUAAAGAAAAUAUGAUGACAAAUUUUAUGCUAAAUGAGUUUUCAGUGGUAAGUUGCAGUUAUGCCAUUCACAAUUCUGGUAAUUAAAAGUUAGCCCCAAAUGUUCAUUUAUGUAUCUUUCAAGGCUACUGAAGCUUAUGAAGCAAAAGAUGAACUUUCUUCCCAUGGAAAUUCAAUCUCAUGGAUAUAACUGAAGCAGGACCCCCAAAGCAAAUGGAUUCUUCUACAAAUAUAUAAUAAGAACAAAAUGACCACUAACACCCAGCUAUGUGCCUUUCCAACUGCCGCUGACUUACUGGACAGAGCACGAUCUCUUGGGCCACACGUGGCCCUGAGCAGAGGUAGAGCAGCAGCUGGAGCUGUGAUUGACAACAAGACCUCAUCUGAGCAUUCUGAGCUGAGCUCACUUGCCCCAGGCAACUCAUCAGAUCUUUAGACUCAGCUUCUUGUAACUCAAUCUGUAAUACACGGUGGGAAACACAUCUGGGACUUGAAGGUUUGGUGCUUUCUGGGUUUGAAAUGAUUUGUGGUCUUCUAUGUUUAACGAUAGUGAUGGCUUCAUGGUUUCGCUUCAUACAGUUAAGGAAUUACAAACACAGUUUUGGUAGUUUGUUGUCCUGACCCAUCCCCCCCUCCACAAUCCCUUGCUCAAGAACGAGCAUGUUAGGUAGAGAGACUUCGUGGUUUUGCUUACAGAUUCUUUUCUAAAUAUUGCUGUUUUGUCAUCUCUUGGCUUGUCUUGAAAACAGUCUCUUGUGUUCUGUUGUCAGAGUCUCCAGUAGAAAGACCUGAUUGUAAUUACACACAUGGUUUUAGGUGUCUGGACAGCCCCACCAUGCCUAGAAAUGGGACCUGUAACAAGAGGAGUGCCACAAGGAAAAGGUUCCUCCUGAAGUUCUCACACCAUACAUUUACUAUAAAACUAUUAAAGCACUGCAUGUCUAGUCAUCCUUCGUAAGAACCUUUUCUUCACCGUCAUCCAUAUUUCUGUCACUCUCUAAAGUAGAAUCUUGACUUUUCUAGCUUCUGAGGAACACCUUCAAAGGACCAUGUACCACAGUGGCUGCCUUUACCU